AUGGCAACCGAGGACGAGGGAGCCAAGUCCGGCGUGGCUUACGCCAUCCGACAGGCCGGCCUGGGGUUGGGCCUGCUGCUGAUCGUGCUGGUGGCCUGGAUGACGGACGCCUCGAUCGUCAUGCUCAUCAGGGCCGGCAACCUGGCCGGCACCAGCACGUACCAGGACACGGUGAUGCGCGCGCUCGGCACGCCCGGCUACUAUGCGCUCACCUUCCUGCAGUUCACCUACCCGUUCGUCGCUCUGCUCAGCUACAACAUCAUCAUCGGAGACAACUUCACCAAGGUGUUGAUCCGGAUGACGGGCGUGCCGGCCGACAACUUGGUGGUGCGCCGCGAGUUCGUCAUCAUCGCUGCCACCCUGCUCAUCACCAUGCCGCUGUCGCUCUACAAGCAGAUCGGCAAACUGGCCAAGAUCUCUUUCGUCUCCUUCGUCAUGGUGCUGGUCGUCGUCGCCGCCAUGGUCUACCGCACUGUCACCAUGUGGGAGCAGGUGUGA